AUGGCAUAUGUCCACCAACAACAAUCUAAUUUUCGUCGCCACAUCCAACUAAUUGCAUACCGCUCUCCAGCAUCUUCUCAGCCCACAAUAAACAAAUUGAACCGACCACACGCAAUGCAUCCCAAUCUUCAAAAGCUAAGAAUCGACCCACCAGUCCUUCUGCUACUUAUCCUCUGUAUUAUCGCUUUACUCCUCUGGCUUUCGUAUGGUGUGUACAUCUCUGUAACGUGGUAUAUCCAUAGGCUACGUGCAGUCAGAUAUGGCUUGGAUGAAAACAUGAACUCAGAUAUCUUGAUGGCUAGACUACAUGAUAGAUCAUAUUCGAGUGAGGAGAUGGGAAAAAGAAAGUUCGGUCAGGCACUAAAAUGGUCCCACCCUCCUAUAGAAAAGGGAAAUGCCAAGGUAGAACAUGCUGGAACGGGGAAAGCAGGGGGUUUAUCAAGGAACCAGAGUGUAUCGAGUGGAAGUACAUUGGUCAUGUUGGGAGACGACUGCAGGAGAACUCAGAGCUUUGGAAGCCGAGGAGAGAGCGCUGUAUGA